AUGCAGCAGCAAGCGGCAAUAUCCACCAUCUUCCAACUCAACAGUUCCGGAAGCUGGUUCGAGAACCUUGCCAUUCGCCCUGAUGGCCAGAUCAUUGCGACAAGAAUGGAUGUACCCGAGCUUUGGUUGAUCAACCCGAUUACCAGAAAAGGCCGGAGCCUCCUUACUAUCCCUGGCGUUUCCGGUGCUAUCGGCAUUAGCCAGCAGACAUCCAAUACCUACAUCGUCGGUGCUGGCAAUGUAACUGCCGAUCCUUUUAAUUUCAAGCCUAGGUCAAUGAAGAUUUUCCUGCUCGAAUUUAAGGGAGGAUAUCCAGACCUCAAACUAGUCACAGAACUGCCUGAGGCUAUGUUCAUCAAUGGCAUAACACCUUGGAGCAAAACAGAGGUCCUGGUAUCCGAUACAGUGCUUGGAGCAGUAUACCAAAUCGACAUUCGCAAAGGGUCUAUAACAAGUAUUAUGUCAGAUACCGACUUUGCAGGCAUAAAUGGUAUCCGAGUACAAAAUGGGUUUUUAUACUACGCCAGCACAAGCAACCAAACAUUCUUCCGCGUCCCUAUUACCAAGGAUUUCGCCAUCGCGGGUUCGGUAGAAAUUAUUCUAAGUGGUAUAUUUAUGGAUGACUUCGCGUUGACCCCCGAGGGUAUAGCAUAUAUUGCAACUGUUGGUAGGGGCGAGAUUAUUCGUGUGGACCCCGAUGGUAACGCAGUCACUGUCGGGGGUGCAGCUACCUCCUUGGAUAUUGCAGGUGGUACCUCGGCGCGCCUGGCAACGUCAAAGGGGUAUGGCAAUAUCCUGUAUGUUACUACGAAUGGCGGACUUGGGGCCCCGGUUAAUGGCAGCGUGACUGAGCCGGCGAAAGUUGUUGCUGUUAAGCUAUCUUAA